AUGGCUCGAUUAGUAAAUAAUUUUGCAGUCACUUGUAGACAAAUAAUAAAUAAUAAUGAAUUGGUUAAGGUGGAUUAUAUUUCAACACGACCAGAAAAUUGUAACUGCGAUUUUAGAGUCAAUAUUUUUUCUUGCAAAGGAGAGCCAAUAUAUCGUAUAGCAACGUGGAUACUAGUGAUUUAUUCAAUUAUACUUGGAUGCGUUUCUAUGUAUUUAUUAUAUUAUCGAGUAUGUAUAGUUGGACAAUCCAUAUUUUUACGACCUUCGAAAUUUAGGGGCAUUCUUCGACCACGUCCACAGGAAACCUUUAAUUUGAUCUGUUGUACAUAUACUACAUUGCAUGCAAUUCACCUUUUAAUUAAAUUAUUCGAUGGAUAUAGCAAUAUUUUAUGGGCCGAACUUUAUCUCGACAUCCUUAAGCUAGUUCCCUAUGCAAUUGCAACACUUUAUCCAAUAAGCAUAAUUUAUUCAACACCAAAUGUUGAUCAGACAGCCAUGCGAUGGACACCAAAUAAGUACUUGAUAGAUAUUGUAGGAUUUUCAUUAAUGAUUUUCCCCUUUUGCAGUAAUAUACCAAUAGCAUUCUACACUGGAUAUUACGCUGACAAAAAAGACAUUAAAAUGGCGGAUUACUUUUUUAAACUUCAUUACAUAAUGUGGAGCUUUUGGUGUUUCGUCUUGUUAGUCACAUUAUUGAUAUUUUGGUAUAAAUUGAUCAACAUUUUAAAUCAUCAUAUGAAAUUGAUAAAUAAUCGAAGAAAUAGAAUGAUCAUUGAAGACACAUGGAAAUUAGAAAGAUUAAAAGGAGCUGUUAGAAACGAUACUCAAACUAUCCCUUUAAGAGUUUUCCGUAAAUCCGGAUCUCGUGAUAGCGCCACAAAUAGUAGGAGUAUGUCACUUCAAGAGUCCAAUGAUGACAUCAUCACUUCAACCUCAAUGGUAAAUAAUGAAUUUUAUCAACCUAAUAAAUCAGACAAGCAAAUAAUUAGAUAUGGGAGAUAUUGGGAAGAUACUAAUAAUUCAAGAUUUAGUAAUAAAUAUUCAAUAAAUUCAAUGUCAACUUCUGGAAAAAGUUCAACUUCUUUAGGUUAUACUAUUUCCGAAAGAGAUACUUCUCCUACAAGCGAUGUAUUUAGUCAAAGGGAUUUAAUUGAUUCUUAUGAGGGAGACAACAUGACUGAAAGAAUGGAUGAUGAUGACGAUUCUUAUAAUCUUGAUAGAAAAGAAUGGUUAGCCGAAAAACCUAAAAGAAUCCAUUUGAAAAAGAUGACUUUAUAA